AGCCGCCCUCCCCGCGCUGCGCGCCUCGCUGUAAACGUUUUGGAUGCUCUAAAGACUCUGGGGUCUGUAUAUGGAAAUAGUGGGGUGCAGAGCAGAAGAAAAUACUUGUCCUUUCCGUCCCCCAGCCAUGCUUUUCCACGGGAUCUCCGGAGGCCACAUCCAAGGAAUCAUGGAGGAGAUGGAGAGGAGAUCCAAGACCGAGUCCCGCCUGGCCAAAGGGGGACAGAUGAACGGCCGAGAAACGAACAUGCCCCCAAUGAGCCCCGAGAAGCCUGCUCUGUGCGCCGGUUGCGGAGGGAAGAUCUCGGACAGAUAUUACCUGCUCGCUGUUGACAAACAAUGGCACCUCAGGUGUCUUAAGUGCUGUGAAUGUAAACUGGCCUUGGAGUCAGAGCUCACCUGCUUUGCCAAGGACGGCAGUAUUUACUGCAAGGAGGAUUACUACAGAAGGUUCUCCGUGCAGAGAUGUGCCCGCUGCCACCUUGGGAUCUCCGCCUCCGAAAUGGUGAUGAGAGCCAGGGAGUCGGUCUACCACCUGAGCUGCUUCACCUGCACCACCUGCAACAAGACUCUGACCACGGGCGACCACUUCGGCAUGAAGGACAACCUGGUUUACUGCCGGGCCCACUUCGAGUCCCUUUUGCAAGGAGAAUACCCCCCUCCGCUCAGCUACACCGAGCUGGCCGCCAAGAGCGGAGGGCUGGCCCUGCCUUACUUCAACGGCACCGGCACGGUCCAGACAGGGAGGCCCAGGAAAAAGCGCUGCCCUGCGUUAAACAUCUCCCCUAACUCCGGUUGUAACGAGAAUGAGGCAGAUCACCUGGACAGAGACCAGCAGCCUUAUCCCCCGUCCCAGAAGACAAAGCGCAUGCGCACCUCCUUCAAACACCACCAGCUUCGUACCAUGAAGUCCUACUUUGCUAUCAACCACAACCCAGAUGCCAAGGACCUCAAGCAGCUUGCCCAGAAAACAGGCCUGACCAAGAGAGUUCUGCAGGUUUGGUUUCAAAACGCAAGAGCCAAAUUCAGAAGGAACCUUUUGCGGCAGGAGAAUGGGGGUGUCGAUAAAGCUGAUGGCACCUCACUUCCGGCACCGCCCUCAGCAGACAGCGGCGCACUCACUCCACCCGGCACUGCGACCACUUUAACAGACCUGACCAAUCCCACUAUCACUGUAGUGACAUCAGUGACCUCUAACUUGGACAGCCACGAAUCCGGGAGCCCGUCACAAACUACCGUAACGAACCUUUUCGAACAUUUCAGUUGUUUUUUUUUUUUAUUUCUUACUCUUCUUCUUUAUUAUUAUUAUUAUAAUUUUUAUUAUUUUCAAGCCUUUUUUUUAAAAAAAAAAUAACAAACCCACAAAAUAUUUGGGAAAAUAAACAGCUUGAUGUGUAGCAUCUGCAGCCACUUGGCAAAUGAGUUUGAAGUAAUAUGUUGCUAUAAUAAAUGAACAUUUAUUGUUGUGAAAUUGUAUUCAAUUUUUAAAAAAAUUAAUCAAAUAACUGAAGAGAAGGUCAUGAAUCAUUCUAAUAAGUGCCUCUUAAAAUUGUAUGUUACUUAUUUCCGGAACCUUGAAAAAAAUGAUUACUACCACAAAAAAAAAAAAAAAAUUCUUUUCCCUCCUUGAUAACCAGAUAAAAAUCAGUUUUAUAGCCAAAAGAAUGCUGCUUCAGGAUUGUACGUUCACUUACAGCAUUUAAGAACCCUAAAUUGCGUUUCAUUUUUAUAAUGCAUCUAAAAGUUUUGUAUGAUUUUUUUUUUAAAUGUUGAAAAAUAAAUACAACAUGAAUUAAACUAACAAUUGGAAUAGUC